AUGGCAAAACAGGGCAAACGCAAGUCGGCAAAGAAACCGCAGGGCCCCAAGAAGAAGGAGAAGCUCCCGACGACCUUCCAGUGCCUCUUCUGCAAUCACGAGAACUCUGUUUCCGUCUCCAUCGAGAAAAAGUCUGGCGUUGGCAACCUUCAGUGCAAGGUGUGCGGGCAGACCUUCCAGACCAACACCAAUUACCUUUCCGCCCCUGUCGAUGUCUACUCAGACUGGGUCGACGCUUGCGAUGCGGUAGCAAAGGAAGCGGCCGCGGCCAACACAGCUACACAAAGGCCUGCAGCCCGCGGAGGCAGGUCCCGGGUCGAGGAGGAAACAGAAGACUUCGUUGUCCAGGACGAAGCCGACGCCGAGGGCGACUACGACGACUACUGA